AAAUAUAAGCAUAACUAGUUAUAUACCAACAACAGGUAUCAAGAUGAAAGAGCUUAAGGUUAGCGUUACAAAGAUGGAGUUUGAUCAAGCUUUUGAAAAAAAUUUCUCCCCAAAUGAUGAGAAGAAUGUGAAUAUAAUUGAGGAGGAGGCUAUGAAAAAUUCCUUGUCACCGGAGACUGAGGAAAACAAGUCUGGUGUAGUGAAGGUGGUGCAGGUUAUUGGAAGGACCAGUAGAUCCCAGUAAAAGGAAAACCAAGAAAGUACCAAUGUCCCCUAAAGUAAUACCACAGUUUGAGCCAGCCUUGUUCUCAACACCAGAUGUCAUGCUUAAGGUUGGUGAAGUCAAUUCAACCCAGGCUAUAGUGGUUAAGGGAAAUGGUAAGUCAGUCAAAACUCAAAAGAUUUUUCUAGUUGAAAAACAAAUACGAAAAGAUGUUGGACUGACAAGUGUAAGUGUGAAGGAAGCAAAAAGAGAAUCCUCUUGUUAAAUUUGAUGAUAUAGAUGGCCCAAAAAUCUUAGCCAACACAAAUGAGAGUAUUAUUCUCUACAUCUGAUACUAACCAGAAGAACAGCAGUGAGCUAGUUUCAGAUGUGUCAGUUGCUGAAACCAAGGCCAGCAAGUUUGUGGAGAAGAAGAAAAUUGGUAAUGAAGUAAAACCAAGAGUCCUUCAAGUGAAGAGCCCUAUGGGAGUUCGACGUGUUGUAGUCUUAAAUUCUGCCAAAGCUGGAAUGUAUCGGGAGACUCUAGUGAAAGUCAUUCCCCCGAAAGACUACCGCCUCGAGAAGAUGAGAAAAUGUCACCUGCAAAACAAAGGAUGUUAGCAAAACAGAGGACAGACUCAGAAAAAAAAAAUUUGUUUUCAGAAGCAUGAAAGUAUUGAUCCCAUUACUGGAGCUGUGAAUGAGGAUGACAACAUUAAAGAAACUUUCAAGGGAGACAUGCACAGUCAAGGGCAUGUGCAUAAGAAGACCGAAGGAAUAGAAAUUCAGAGAAUUGGAGAUCCACAUAAGUCUGAAGAAGCUGCUUUGUCAAAGAAAAAGGAAGAAGCUCAGAGGAAGAAGGAAGAAAUACAAAUGAAGAGAGAUGAACUGUUAAGAAAGCGAGAAGCAAUACAGAAGAGAAAAGAGUUGCAGAAAAAAGAAAAUAUUCACCAAAAAAGAGAUGAUGAAAAUGAAAAGAAGAAUGAAUUUUUUUUUAAAAAAAGAGAGAAAAAUAUACCUAAUAAUAAAUCAGAAAUACAGAAAAAAGAUAUAGAAGUUCAAAGAAAAAAAACAAAGGAAAUAUCCAACAGCCCCUCAAAGAGUUUACAAGUAUCCAAAACCAAUAAACUAACACGGAGCCCCACUGCAGAAGAGUCACCAGUAAGACGUAGCAACAGAGCUAUAAAGAAAAAGACAUUUGGAGAUGAAAUGUUGACUUUUGACAUCAAGGAAGAUUUAGCUGCAGAUGUAGAAGAGGAACAAGUACCAGAGGAAGAAGUGGAGAGGAAGGAGAUGAAGAUGAUGAAUCGCUUGAGGAUUAUGGUGAAGAUGAUGAUCCUGAGCGCCUAUGGUGUAUAUGCCAGAAACCUCACAAUAACCGUUUUAUGAUUUGCUGUGACAAGUGUGAGGACUGGUUCCACGGAUCCUGUGUGGGAGUAACGAAGGCUAUAGGCCAGCAAAUGGAGGAAGAUGGAAAAGAGUGGGUCUGUCCCAAAUGUAAAAAGGCUGAACGUGCUAUGAAGGGGUUUGUGUCUCCGGGUAAGAAGAUAGCCGAUAUAUCAUCAUGUGCCACUUCAGAAAAUAAUCCCACAGAAAGUGAGACACGUGGCGUGUCAAGACCAAAUGUUACCAAAAAAGGGAUGCAGGGAGGAUAUAAAUGUGAUGUUUAUGAAGAAGGCCUAACAAUAGCCAAGAAAACCAUUGAAGGUGUUAAGAAAGUAGAUGGACAAGCAGUACCUAAGAGAAGAAGUAUAUCUCAAGAGUGCAUUGCCCUGCCAAUUGAAGAGAAGAAGAUGGAUAUACCACAAAUAAUAAGGCUGUCUCCACAAAAACAUGUAGAUGGAAGAAAAGAGUGUGUGGUAGAGUCGUGCAAUAAGGCUCCAAAAGCGGACUCCAUCUACUGUAGCAACGACUGUGUUCUCAAGCAUGCACAAAUGUCCCUUAAAAUGUUGGGAAAAACUGACAAGGUUUGUCAUCAAGCUUUGCUGCUUUUGAGAUGGAAUUGUGUAUAUAGUAAUCUCUCUGUUAGCGGAACUCUCUAACCAGAACUCUCCAAUAGCCAAAAUUGAAAUUUGCUAAGAAUUUUUCUGGAAAAUUCUCAAUUCCGGGUUUGAAAACAAAUUCCGGAAAAAUCUGGAAAAUUUGUCCAAUUUUUUAUUUCUGGUUUAGGAGCCAAUUUUGGUAAUGAAAUAAUGCUAAUUACUGGAAAAUCCGAGAAAAUAGCGAGAAAAUCUCCAAACC